CCUAGCUUGGAGCUCUGACAAACAGCGAGGUGCCCAAACAUGGCAUAAAGUAAACAGAGCCUGCCACCAACUAGGAAUACUGCCUCGAGCGUCUUUUUAUCACAUUAAAACCAAUAGCCCGCUGAAAUGGAAUCCCCUCAUGAGCACCAGCAGAACCUACUGCUUUCCCGUAUCAUUACCAAUGUGGAAAAGCUCAACGAAGCUGUCGUUGUUAUGAAUAAGAGCCUUCAGGACAUCAAUAUUCAGAACAUGAACGUUGAAUUGGUUGCGCAAAUGUUCAAGAACUACCAAUCGAACGUUCUAUUUCAUCUGGAGGCCACGGACAACCUCAAGCCGCCGAACUGAGUGUCAACAUGGGUGGCUUAGGCUGGAGUUUUUGCAUAUAUGAUGGCGCACGACUGUACAUGAAAUAAUGACUUACUGCCAACUCUUCCAAAAAAGAAAGGAAGUUUUGCAAGGAAUUUGACAGGAAGCUUGCUUUAGCAGAACCAAGCUUGCCUACCUUACCUUGACCUACUGUUUGCCUAAAUUACCUUCCGUAUAAACCUGUCUAUAAUGAUGACA